AUGCAGGGUAGUUUUGAGAAUUCUCAGAAAUACCGUGCUGGAUACUCUUCUGUCCUCCCACCUCCACUCAACCCCCUCUCAGCCAAGUGGCAGCGCAGCCCAGGACCCGAGCUGAUGGAGCUGUUUGGAGAUGCCAUGCUGGUUACACCAACCACCCCCAACCCCCGUCCUCCCCCCCCUCUCAGCCAACCAAGUGGCAGGGUAGCGCAGGACCUGGAGCUGAUGGAGCUCCAAGUAGCUGCACAGGACCCCGAGCUGAUGGAGCUGUUUGGAGAUGCCAUGCUGGACCCGCAGCAGAUGCAGGAGAAGAUGGAGGAGCGGAUCCGCUCAAAGCAGGCAGAGCUGCUGGCGGAGAAGCGAGGCAGCGGGGCCACCAUGCAGGUGGCCAUUAAAGAGUAUGUCAUCAGAGCAUGGUACGUGGUGGGCAAGCUGGGAGGCUACAACUCCGCCAACCUACAGGUACCAUUCUAUACCACUCUGGGGAAUUUUGAACAGGAGCCUGGCAGGACCCAGGUCAUCCGAGCAUGGAGCCUGGCAGGAUACGAGGUCAUCAGAGCAUGGUUCGUGGUGGGCAAGCUGGGAGGCUACAACUCCGCCAACCUGCAGGUGGGUGGGCUGGGCUCGCCUGUUUCCUCCCUGCGGCCUGCCGAGUGGCACGUGGUGGGCACUGGGCAAGCUGGGAGGGAGGCUAGGGGCAGGUCACCCUCUGCUCUGCUGAUGAAGGGAGACGAGUCGUCCAAGUACAAGUACGAUGUGGGCACGGCAGCAUCUGCUCUACCAGCUACUCUUGUGCGCCCACAUCCCUCCAUUUUCCCUGCCAUGCCCCCUCCUCAUCCCACCCCAGCUCAUGGAGGGAGACGAGUCGUCCAAGUACAACUAAUGCAGGGAGACGAAUCCUCAAAGUACAAGUACGAUGUGGGCACAGCAGCGUCCGCCCUGCCUGCCUUGAUGCACAACGUUGGGGACCUCGAGUUUCAAGACAACCUGGGACGGAUAUGGCUCGACAUCGGCACAGCAAACACACUCUCUCUCACCAGAAGAGAGAGGGUGGAUGUCGACAUUCUCUCUCUCUUCUCCUCGUGUAGUGAGGUGUAUUUUGAGGCUAGACACCUCGAAUGA